AUGUUGAAAGAAUACUUUGAGCGAGAAGCUAGUCAGCCAAUAGGUACAACACAGGUCAAAGAAGAAGAAAAGCAUGUAGAUGUUCAUGAAGAUGAAUGCUAUGGAAAGACAGAUAAUGAAUUGUCUUAUACAGAUGUAUCGAAGAACGAACCAUGUGGUGUAAAGUUGUCUAACUCAGAGAUGUUAAGAAAUAUGGACGAGGCAUUAAAACACCUGCCUGAAGAUCAGAGAAAUGAUAUAUCUGGCCUGUUAAAAGACUAUGAAACUGUAUGUAAAGACAAACCAGGUCGUACGCCUUUAACUGUACAUGAUGUAGACGUAGAUGAUGUACGACCUAUCAAACAGAAUCCUUGUAGGCUCAAGCCUAGCAAGUUGGAAAUGGUGAAUAAGGAAAUACAGUUUAUGUUAGAUAAUGACAUAAUCGAACCGAGUCAUAGUAGUUGGAGUUCUCCUAUUGUAAUGGUUCCAAAGCCAGACGGCUCUCAGACAUUUUGCAUUGAUUACUGA